AUGGUGUUCAAGACCUCCGGCCGCCAGCUCCUCACGCUGUACCUCGGCCGCAACGCGGCCAGCGGCAAGCUCUCCAACGGCGCCCUCCCCGGCGGCUGCACCGUCGCGGCGGGCGUGGACAUCUUCGCCGCGAGCCCGAACGCGCUCCCCUUCCAGCCCAGCCACAGGGGGCAGCACGGGGAGGUGUGGGGCUACUUCGCCGGCGAGCAGGCCGCCGCCAGCAUCCAGCCGGCGCCGGGCGGGUGCUGGGUGCGGUACGGCAAGGAGAAGCCGUACGUGAUGGACUUCAAAACGUUCGCGUACCGGAGCAGGUUCGCGUUCCACGUGACGCGGGUGGAGGACGACGGCACGGUGAUGUGGGCGCCGACGCGGUGGAUGAUGAAGGAGUACCGGCUCCACAAGGGCUCGAUGGUCUGCCGCGUCAAGAAGCUCGAGUGCCCCGACGCCAACAUGGACUUCGUCAUCCGCAAGGUCUUCACCAAGCCGGCGGUUCCUGCGCCGCCGCCCGCCCUCUCCGACGUGGUGGUCCAGGGAGUAGAAUGCCGCCUUCCGUCGAUCCAAGCCCAACCAGCAAAGGUGCCCGUCAAGGCCGGUGUGCUCGCGGUGCGCAAGUCCAAGAUGAAGCCGAAUCUGAAGCCGAUGAAGGUGGUCCCUCCGCCGUAUGCCCGCUCUGAAGGCGGCGGGGCGCUCCAGCAAGGAGGAAGCAGCCUUCCGCCGCGCUCAGCCCGACCACCCCGGCCACGACCUAUCGUCGUAGCGAAGCCGGUGGCCCCUCCGCCGCCAGCUCAGGCCAUUGCGACGUUGGUGGCCCCGACGCCGCCGGUCCAGGCCAUCGCGAAGCCGGUGGAUCCGCCGCCGGCGCCCAAGGUCGUCGCGACGCCAGUGGCCGUCCUGCCGCAACCCGAGGCUAUCGCCACGCCGGUGGUCCCUCCGCCGACGCCCCUGGCCAUCGCCACCACAGUGGUCUCUACGCCGCCUCCCGCGCGCUCCAGCCAGGACGGGGCCAACUCGAGCCGCGCGCAGCCCGACAACCCUAACGCGAACAUGGAACUCGCGGUGCUUCCGACACCGCCCGCCGUGGAGCGCAGGAAAUUCAAGGUUCCCAGCGGCCUUCAGAUCAUCGCAGAGUGCCUCGGCCCCAAGGCGGUCCUCAGCAAGCUCCCGGCAUGCGUCACCCCCGGCUUGGUCGCGGAGGGCGUGGACGUCUUCGCCGUGAGCCCGGACGCGCUGCCCUUCCCGCCCAGCCACAGGAAGCAGAACGGCGAGGUGUGGGGCUACUUCUUCGCGGCGAAGCACACCACCAGUAUGCGGCUGGCGCAAGGCGGGUGCUGGAUGCGCUACGGCGGCGAGAAGAAGUACCCCAUGAUAAACGGGGAGGUCGUCGCUUUCCAUCGCAGGUUCGCGUUCCACGCGGCGCGGGUGGACGGCGACGGCAUGGUGGCGUGGCGGCAGACACAGUGGCUGAUGAAAGAGUACCGGAUGAACAAGGCCUCACCCUCCGUCCGCAAAGCCAAGAAACGCCCAGGUACCAACACGGACCUCGUGGUCUUCAAGGUCUUCACUAAGCCGAUGGUCCCGCCGCCGCCGCCACCGCCGCUACCUUCCUUGCACAGCGAGGCGGCAGGCUGCUCAGUUGCCGGUGACCCAUCCGCCAUAGUGCGAACAAGGGAUCCGGCGGCUCCAUUGACGGUGGCCCAUCCGCCACUGCCACCGCCACCGUGGCCCCCUACCUGAUCGCCGUAGCAGGUCUUGUUCGAUCGUCCGAACUCCGAAGUCACCACAACUGCAAGGACUAAAUGAUACACGCACGGAAUUAAGCUUGCAUUUCUUCAGUAAUGUUUUGGCUCUGGAGGCAUUUCCGUUUGCAGAAUGUGUACGAGCCAUUGCACUCUAAAGCUUACCAAUGUCAGAAAUCUCGCAGCAAGUUAUCAACUGCAUUUGCACUACAAAAAAUGAUUAGUAGUUAUCAGUAAAAGCAAAUAGCCCAAGCUUCUUCACA